AUAUAUUUUAAAAAACGCAAUAAAUUACAAAGAUUUCUUUCGGACCAAUUUUAGUUUUGUACCAGCAGUUUUUCAAAUAAAAACGAAAAGGGAAUAAACAUGGAGCGUCGUCGAGUUCGUAUUGGUGGUGGCGUCAACGUGGACCCAUUUGUUGUUGCUGGUGAUAUGUUGCCCAUUGGCGGUGGUGGUGGCGGGGAUGCAGAUAAUAUUCUGCCGCCCAUCAUGCGCAUUGACGGGAAUGGCGUUCAGCUGCAUAUAACAGAGCCCACUGCAAAUGGCCGCAUGCGCCAUAUGAUCAUUCAUGCGCAGGAGGGAGGCGAAGAUCCGGAUGCCCACGAAGUGAUGGCCGAGGCCCAAGUGGCCGCCGAGGAGGCAGCGGUCGUGGCUCAGGCAUUCAAUCAGUUAAAUGUGCCGGCGCAUCAUUUUCCCGAUCAGAAUAUCAUCAUUCGUAGUGGCCCCAACAAUACCAUUGUGGCCGGGCCCAAUGGCUAUGCGCUCUAUUCCGUGCCAUUGCAUCGGGCCAUGACCGAUGUUAAUGUGCGCCAUCCCGCCGAGCUGUCCAUUGGUGGCCACAUGAUCGUGCAAGAUCUAGCAGCGCAAGCCCGUCGGCGACAACCGCCCCAGGCCGUGCGAUUCGUUCUCCGUCUGUGCUUCAAUGCGCUCAUGCAUCCCUACGAGUAUGCCAAGGUGCUGAUGCAGCUCGGCCAUGAACCACUGGCGCCCAUCAACUGCCGCAGCAUUCUGGGAAGAGCAAUGACGAUAUUACCGAACGUACACAAAUAUUUGAAGCAUAUAAAGCGCACCGACGGCUUCUUUGGACUCUACCGGGGCCUGGGUCCGCGCCUCCUUGGCAAUAUUUGCUCAUCAAUCUUGUGCAACAGUCUAGUGAACCUUGCUGGACUGAAACCUUACCACCGCGCCGUGGACGAGAGGCCUCACCAGCUUAGGGAAUAUUUGUGGAAUCUGGCUCGCGAUGCCAUCAUUAUGACGACGGCUGCUGUCGUUUCACAUCCUUUCUAUGUGAUCUCCAUACGGCAGAUGGCGCAGUUCGUUGGACGUGAGCUCAUCUAUGACAAUGUGAUCGACGGCUUUCGCGAAGUCAUCGAUCGAGAGGGUCUGACUGGUCUCUACGCCGGCUUUAUGCCGCGAUUGCUCUACGAUCUGUGCGUGCUCUUUUUAACCAGCACCAUCUCCAAUAUAUUUAAUCGGAACUGCAAGCAGAAUGUUGUGCAGCAACAGUACAACUCAGCGGCGGUGCAAAUGGGAGCCGCUUUUGUCAUGUACCCCUUGCAGGUGGUUGCCUCAUGCAUGGCUUCGACGGGGGCCCGAUUGGCGGCCUGCAUGCCACCCUGCAUGCCAAUCUAUCGCCAGUGGACUGACUGCCUAUCGGAUCUGUUAGCACGUGGGGAUCACUUGCGUGGCGGCAUCCUCUUCUAUCGCCCAAUGCCCAGGAUACAGAUUCGUUACACUGAUAGCUUUAUUGGCGCCUCAACGCCCCGCACUUAGGGGAUCUUCCCAAAUGGCUAAUUACAACACACACACACUACACACUUGGCUAAAUAUUGUUUUGGGUUCGAUCCAGAUUGUUUGAACACUUUUGUUGGUACACUGAUUCGUUUUAAGAGUUUAAUUGCUCGCCCCUCUUAUAUAUUUGUGUGGGGAGCGACCAAAAUGUUUCAAAUUAGUGAAGUAGCUUUUAAUUUUUUUUUCCCAACCGCGUCUUUUUAAUGUGCCUGACAACCACUAAUUAAAGAUGAAUCAAAAUUCAUUGUAGGCUUUAAAUUACACAAUUCACAGUCUAUUCAAAAACACAUACAUACAAACAAGCAUAUGCAUACGAGUGCCAGCUCAAUACAAAUGUGUUGUCAUUGUUAUUAAAUUUAAGCAAAUAAAUUUAAGUUAUUUCAUGUUAUUCGAUAGAUACAAACGCA